AUGACAAUAUAUGCAAUGGAAAAAUAUAUUUUAGGCACAAAACGGCCCUCAUGUCGUUUGGAUUGGGCGCAAUCAUCAUGGACACGAUGGAUUUAUGUAGCAUUUUGGUGGUGGAUUAAACCUAUUCUAAAUGUAGGCAAUAAGCGAACACUCGUCGAUGAUGAUCUUAGCGAUUUAUCUUUCGGUGACCAAUGUUCAGGUUUAUUAAAUAAAGUUAAUAUUAGUGAUAAUAAAUGGCCAGGUACAUGGCGAAUGAUUAUAAGCACGUUUGGAAAAGACUCUUUGUUGAUCAGUUUGAUUCUAGUUUUAUACGCAGCAGCACGCAUUGCUCAACCAUUGCUGCUUCACGAAAUCGUCCUCUAUAUUAGUAGCAAACCAGCCCUACCUGCAUACGUCGGCUAUUCGUUCGCUAUCGGUCUUGGUGCUUGCUCGACUCUACAAGCAAUUAUUCAUCAGCAAGUGUUUUUUAGAAAUACGCGCAUUGGUGUGCGCAUACGUCAUACUUUAUCAUCUCUCAUUUAUAAACGAUUGCUUACAAUUAAUAUGACGUCUCUUCAGAAUACUACAGCUGCUCAGACAAUCAAUUUGGUAGCAAAUGAUGCAAGUAAAUUUGAAGAACUGAGUAUUUUUAUACAUUAUCUUUGGGAAGCACCUCUCGAAUCUCUCUUAAUAUUUGGUCUCAUUUGGUGGAAUAUUGGUUUGCCAACAUUAUUUGGUUAUACCGUAUUAUUCUUAUUAGUACCUGUACAGCUAAUAUUCAGCCGCAAAUUCGGUCAAUAUCGUAAAACAACGAUGCCAUGCACGGACAAACGAGUUCAGACUAUUAACGAGUUAAUCAAUGGUUGUCAAAUUAUCAAAAUGUACAAUUGGGAAAAAGCAAUAGAACAUCGAGUGCAUGAAUCACGUCGUCUUGAAUUUUCUAGUAUUUUGAACUCUAGCCGUUUGCGAGCUCUCAAUAUGGGUAUCUCAUUCGCAUUGCUUCCUUUAAUUUCUCUAGCCACAUUUGGUGGCAGUUGGUUGAUGAAUCGACAUUUAUCUGCAGCAGAAGUUUUUACUACGUUAGCAUUUUUUGCUUUGCUUCGAGCACCAGUAACUAUCUUUCUACCGACAGCCAUCGAGAAACUCAGCGAAGCUCGCAUUGCUGCAAAGCGAAUCGAUGCAUUUAUGCAACUCAAUAUAUUAUCAGUGACAAGAGAAAAAACAAACGAAAAUGACAAAAAAGACUAUGCAAUAGUUAUGGAAGAUGCAUCUUUCUCUUGGGUAAAUUCGCCUAGCCUGUUCAAUCUCAAUUUUCAGGUCGCUCGUGGCAUGUUAGUUGGAGUGAAAGGGGCGGUCGGUGCCGGCAAAUCAUCGUUACUUGCAGCCAUUCUCGGCGAGAUUAAUCUUAUCAGUGGAAAACUUCGAUUAAGUUUCGAUUCUAUCGCGUACGCUCCACAGUCACCAUGGAUUUUUGCCGACACAAUUCGUGCUAACAUUCUUCUUGGCAAAAAACUGGAUGAGGAACGGUACAAAAAUGUUAUACAAUCAUGUUGUCUUGAUACAGACCUAUGUAUAUUUGGUGAAGCCGGUGAUUUAAUGAUGGUUGGUGACAAAGGAGUUAACUUGAGUGGAGGACAAAAAGCGCGGGUAUCGCUGGCUCGCGCUCUAUAUGCUGACGUCGAUUUAUAUUUACUUGAUGAUCCUCUAUCUGCCGUCGAUCCAAAAGUAGCAAAGAAAAUAUUUGAUCAGUGUUUUGGUCCUCGUAGUCUUCUAAAAAGUAAAACUCGAAUAUUGAUCACACAUCAGACACAUUUUUUGGCUGAAGCAGAUCACACAAUAGUUUUGAAGAAUGGCUAUAUUGAUGAAUCACAGACUACAAAAUUGGAAGUAAAUGAAGCAUACAAGGUUACAGAAAAAAUCGAUUCAUUCCAGUCUACUGAAGUCAGUGGGAUAUGUCAAACUGAAGUGAUCGACCUGCAUUCAAUAGUGAAAAAUGAAGCAUCGCUGAAUGGCGCUGUCAACUGGAAUGUUUGGAUUCGACUAUUCACUUCACCACCAUUGAGAUGGUUCGGCUUUUUACUUCUGAUCAUUCUUAUGCUUGUAGGUGAAGCUCUUUAUAACGCGACAAAUCGUUGGCUAAGUAUUUGGUCAGCCAAAGUGCCCAGCAUAGAACGCUCUUCAUUGGACGCUUACAUCUAUCUUGGAUUGACACUUGGAACAUUAGUCAUUUCUUUAGUACGAGCUGUCUACUUCUAUUAUAUUAUUUUGCGUGGGUCAAAUUAUUUUCACAAUAGUAUGCUCACUGGCAUCCUAUAUACUUCAUUGAAUUUUUUUGCAAGUAAUCCAAGUGGGCGAAUUCUCAAUCGAGCAAGUAAAGAUCAACAAGUUCUCGACGAACUAUUACCGUUCGCUUUGCUGGAUGGCACGCAAGCUCUACUUGCAACGCUUGGGGCACUUGUGAUUAUUGGCAUUAUCAAUCCGUGGGUCCUUCUAAUACUCAUUUUACUCGUACCUUCCUUUUGGUGGCUUCGCCAGUUCUACUUACGUACUAGUCGUCAACUUAAAAGACUUGAAAGUGCAACAAGAAGUCCGAUAUUUGCACUUUUUUCCUCUUCAUUGGAUGGACUUAUGACUAUUCGUGCGUUUGAUGUUAAAGAAAAAUUUCUACAUUCGUUUUUGGAAAGAAUCGAUGCCAAUCAUCGAGCCUAUUUUACUCUAAUUGCUGCUACUCGCUGGUUUGGUUUAAAUCUUGAUCUCAUGACAUCUGCUCUUACUUUGACUACAGCUAUUCUAUCGGUUGCAUUACGUCAUCAAAUGAAUCCAGCGGAAGCAGCACUUAGCUUAGCGUACUGCAUCAAUUUGGCAGCUUUCUUUCAAUGGGGUGUCCGACAAUCUGCGGAAGCAGAAAAUUUUAUGACUAGCGCUGAAAGAAUUUAUGAAUAUGGUAAACUUGUAUCAGAAAACGAUAGAGAUAACAAUACCAACAAAGUUCUGAUUCAACCAUCAGAUGAAUGGCCUGUUCGUGGUACUAUUGAAUUCAAAGAUUAUACUUUUCGCUACCGACCGGAGCUUGAGCCUGUUUUGAAGAAUAUUAAUCUGCGAAUUGAAUCCCAAGAAAAAAUUGGAGUUAUUGGUCGAACAGGAGCUGGCAAAUCGUCCCUUUUACAGGCACUUUUUCGAUUUGUCGAUCAAUCGGCAAUCACUGGUAAUAUUUACAUCGACGGUAUUGAUAUUGAUCAUGUGUCGCUCAAUCAUCUUCGGUCUCGUUUAAGUGUGAUUCCACAAGUACCGAUCUUGUUUUGUGCUACCCUAAGAUACAAUCUUGACCCGUUCGAAAAAUUCUCGAACGAAGAAUGUCUUGUAGCUCUUGAGGCUGUUCAACUAAAACAUUUGAUAAGAAAUCACCCAGAUGGACUCAAUAUGCUAUUGGCUGAAUCAGGCAGUAAUUUGAGUGCUGGAGAAUGUCAAUUGAUAUGUGUCGCACGAGCCAUUCUCAAGAAAAGCAAAAUUUUACUUAUUGAUGAAGCAACCGCAAAUGUCGAUCAUGCAACCGAUAAGAUGAUUCAAGAUGUGAUCGCAGAUAAAUUUCGCGAUCGUACCGUAUUCACUAUUGCACAUCGGUUCAAUACAAUAGCUAACAGUGACCGCAUUCUUAUGUUACAACAAGGCAAAGUAGCCUAUUUCGAUAUACCAGAUACCAUCGAUCUUUCUCAAUACGACAAACCAAUGAUAACGUGGCUCUGA